AUGUAUUUGACAUUGUGGAGGCAAGAGGAUAAUCAGAAUGUCACAACCCCAUCUGGAUUGCUCAGGGACAAGUGUUUCAUUGUUGCUGCUAUUUAUUUGAUCCUGGUCUUUGGAAUCCAGCAUUUCAUGAAGGAACGGAGAGCCUACCACCUGCGGACACCACUGACCCUGUGGUCCUUCGGUCUGACCUUGUUCAGUGUCAUUGGAGCCUGGCGGGUCUGGAAGCAAAUAGCCUUCCUCCUUCUUACCAAGGGAUUUAAGCAAUCAGUGUGUAGUCGAUCUGUCUACGUUCACCCUGUCUCCAAACUUUGGAUCUGUUUAUUUGUAUUGAGCAAACUCGUGGAAAUGGGUGACACUGUGUUCAUUGUACUUCGGAAAAAGAAGCUCACCUUUGUCCACUGGUAUCACCAUUUAACUGCAGCAGUUGUAAGCUGGUAUACCUAUAAUGCUAUGGUGCCUGGUAUUGGCUGGGUUAUAGCCUUGAACUUCAGUAUCCAUGCUCUCACAUACUCCUACUAUACCGUGACAGCCACGGGCACCCGGGUACCCAGUUCCAUCGCCAUAAUAAUCACCACUUCACAAAUGGUGCAGAUGACGGGAUUUGUAAUACUGAACUUCCUUAUCGCCUUCUGGAAGGAUGAUAAGGUCUGCCCUAUCACCUGGCCACAGCUUCUCAGUUCAUCCUGGGUUUAUAUCACUUUACUGAUACUCUUUUGCAACUUCUUCUUCAAAACUUAUCUGAGUGGCACACGGAAAUCAAAAGGGGAGUAA